AAAAAAAAAUCGAUUAUUUCUCCUCGCGCUUGGAGAGAGGAGAGGGCUUGGGGAAAGACUCGGUCAGGAUUGUGGGAAGGAACAGAAACAGCCUCCUCAACAUCACCAGCAAGCUCCAGACGUCCAGCAAGCAGCACACUAGCACCACCUCCAACACCAUCACCAUCACCAUCGCCGCUCCACCGGGUCCCUCUCCGCUCACCGGCACCUCGCAGAGAGCAGAGAGACCAGGCGAAGCGUCCUCGCCGCCUCCUGAGCAGACACUGUCCGAUCAGAGAGGGAAGGAGACACAGAGAGGGAGGGAGAAAGAGUCAGAGUCAGAGAGAGAGGGAGAGAGAGAGAGUGUAGUUGUCUCUGACAUUAUAGAGACUCCUACCACGUACUGUAGGUUACUUUUUUUUCCUCCCGGCGACGUCCUCAGCUAAGUUGCGCUCCUGGAUUUUAAGUGCGUCUUGGCGAAGUCCGUCCCCAUCAAGCAGCAAGCUUCAGCCUUCCUGUCAAUCGGCCGGACCAAACAACCGGCGGAGCGCUUGUUGUAUCUUUCACUUCAACCCGGGCAAGAUUUCACGCGAAAUAAAGUACAGAUGCUGGAAUCUUUGAGUUGAUUGGAACAAAUAGAAAGCAGAAAAAAAGACAGAUAAAGGAAGAGCAGAAGAGUGAAGAGAAAGAAGAAGAAAGAGGAGAGAGAAGAAAGCAUAAAGUUCUUUAGAAAGAGGAGAGAAAGAAAGAGACGGGGACGAUGGGGAGGAAAAAGAUUCAGAUCACGCGGAUUAUGGAUGAACGCAACAGACAGGUGACAUUUACGAAGCGAAAGUUUGGCCUGAUGAAGAAGGCGUAUGAGCUGAGUGUGCUGUGUGACUGUGAGAUCGCCCUGAUCAUCUUCAAUAGCACCAACAAGCUGUUCCAGUACGCCAGCACAGACAUGGACAAGGUCCUGCUUAAAUACACCGAGUACAACGAGCCCCACGAGAGCAGGACCAACUCUGAUAUUGUGGAGACAUUGAGAAAGAAGGGCCUAAACGGCUGUGACAGCCCAGACCCCGACGCAGACGACUCGGUCGGCCACAGCCCCGAGUCUGAGGACAAGUACAGGAAAAUAAACGAGGACAUUGAUCUGAUGAUCAGCAGACAGAGACUGUGUCAGGCCGUGCCCCCAUCAAACUAUGACAUGCCUGUGUCCAUUCCUGUUAGCAACCAGAACAAUCUCAUUUACAGCCAUCCAGGUGGUUCCCUAGGCAACCACAACCUGUUGCCACUGGCGCACCAUGGCCUACAGAGAAACAGCAUGUCUCCCGGAGUCACACACAGACCCCCCAGUGCAGGUAACACAGGUGGCCUCAUGGGUGCUGACCUCACCACUGGCGCAGGCACCAGUGCUGGAAACGGAUAUGGGAACCACCGCAACUCGCCAGGUCUGCUGGUCUCUCCAGGUGGCAUGAACAAGAACAUGCAGGCAAAGUCUCCUCCACCCAUGAACUUAGGCAUGAACAACCGCAAACCUGACCUACGUGUGCUCAUCCCCCCUGGCGCCAAGAACAACAUGCCCUCCAUUUCUGAGGAUGUCGAUCUGCUAUUGAACCAGAGAAUAAACAACUCCCAGUCUGCUCAAUCAUUGGCCACCCCAGUGGUAUCAGUAGCAACUCCCACUCUACCAGGACAAGGCAUGGGCGGUUACCCAUCUGCCAUCUCUACUUCAUAUGGUACCGAGUAUUCCCUGAAUAGUGCAGACCUGUCCUCCCUGUCUGGCUUCAACAGCGGCAGCUCCCUUCACCUCGGCUCAAUGAGCGGGUGGCAACAGCAACACCUUCAGAACAUGCAGCAUUCAGCCCUCGGCCAGCUAGGAAAUUGCUCUAGCUCUCACUUAUGUCAGGGUUCAAAUCUCUCCCUGCCCUCUGCUCAAAGCCUGCACAUCAAGUCCGAACCUGUUUCUCCUCCUAGAGAUCGCACCAGCAGCACACCGGGGGGCUACGGUGGAGUACCACCUCCCCAGAACCCCUCGUCCCGCCAGGACUCGGGACGCUCCCCUGUUGAUAGUCUGAGCAGUUGUAGCAGCUCCCACGAGGGCAGUGACCGCGAUGAGCACAGGAAUGAGUUCCACUCACCUCUGGGACUGGCCCGGCCCGCCCUGGACGAGCGCGAGAGCCCCUCCAUCAAACGGGUGCGCCUGUCAGAAGGAUGGGCGACAUGAUAGCUCUGUCCUCUCCCCGGCAGUGCCCCGAGUUGCCCUGAGCCCCCCCCUCCCCGACAACGCAGCGUUAGGAUGCCCACCCGAGUCAGCUCCCUCCUCUUCCUCCUCUCACUCGAUAUCACGAGUCACUCACCACCCAACCCCAUGGCCUCUCUCCUUUUUAUCUCUUUAACGCUGAAGGAAAGAAAAGGGACAGCCCUUUUCGAAAAUAUGUUUGUAAUUUCUUUUCCUUUUAUUAUUUCCUUUUUUUCUUUUUGCUGAGUGUGUGUGCUAUACAUAUUGACAUUAUUAUAAACCAGUGGGGUGUUGUAAUGGGGGUUUGGGAGGGUGGGUGUUGGUUGGGAUGGGAUCCGGGGGUAUUUUUGUUGGGGAACUAUGCAUAAAUUGUAUUGUGUGUGGAUAAAAAGAAUCACGUAUGCAUAUAUCUUUACACGUGUGUGUAUGUGUACAUAUAUGCAUAUCAACAAAUAAACAAAAAAAAAAUAGUCAGGUACUCUGUUUCAUAAAACGUACUUACACUUUGCCUCAGCGAUAUAUCAGUGACUAGAGACAAGAAAAAGAAAAAAAAAAAAAAAACAUUAACAUGAGAGUGAGUGUGUCCAAUGGAAAACACCUUAGCACUUGAGUUGGACAAACAAUACAUGUGUACAGUGUCGGUUUCAUUGCUAUAUAACUUCUCUGCAGUUCUCCCUUGCAAAAAUGUGUGUUAACAUUAGAUGAUGUCAUGUUGCAGGUUCAACGUAUUUAUGUAAAUAGAGGGUCAAGGGGGGAAGGGGCAGGGGUCAAAAGUUGCCAGACAUUACAAGAUUUAUUUACUCACUAAAUGAAAAAGCUAUUAUGCAACAUUUGAAGGAUUGUACAGGUAAACAGGCAGACCCAAUGCUAGACGUGUGGAACCUUUGAUGACGUUAGCGCUCCCCUUAAAGAACGGAGCCGAGCGAGGACCACCCUUUGAUCUAAGAGCUACGUUAGUGUAAUCAAGAAAACUCUGGAUCUAGUAUUAAUAUUCAGUAUUAAUAAACGAAGAAAAAAAAAACGGAAAAAUAAAAAACAAUUGUACGAUACACUUGCUUAUAUUUUCAUAUGAAAGGAAUACAAUGCAAAGCAUUUUUGUGGCUUUUUGUAGUUUCUAUAAGCCAGAAUGUGUUUUUUGAUAGCUUUGCUAAUAAGAGAUGGAUAGUUCGCCCAGAGGGGAAAUGAAAGGAAUUUGCAGCCCUAAGCCAUGAAAAACAGACUGAGAUCCAAUGCUUUGCUGAACUGUUUUAUCUUUGUAGAGGUUUGUUUUUAAACGUGUAUUUCUAAUUAUAUAUAAUAAUGGUAAUAUUAAGAUUCUUUAAAAAAAAAAAUCUGUGAAAUUAACAUGCUUGUGUAUAGCUUUCUAAUAUAUAAAUAUAUAUACUAAUGAUUUUUGUUGGUUUCUUAGUGGAGUUUCUAUGUGCAGUUGCACAUGUUGUCUGGUUUGUUUCAUUUGAGCCUGGAACAGUGCUGUUCGGGCGUGUAUUUAGUCUAACCUUAAAAACCAGCUGGAAAGCAUUGCCAGGGUUUGUGUGACGGAGGGAAGACAGGCCUGAAUGCUGAGAACACAACCUGUUAGUGGAAAAUGUCACGAGACUGGAACUGGGGAUGACACAGAAAUAAAUGUUGCCACAUGAUGUACAUGAUUGUCACGCUGAUGAGGAAAUAUGACUGACCCUCAAUCCAUGCCUGGAUGCAUUUGAAUGCAUCAGAUAUUUCAUCCUUAACCUUAAUUAUUUAAUUUAAUACACUUAAUCUCAUCAAACAUGUUUUUGACAUUAGCGACGUUCAGCUCCAUUUCCAAUCACCACAAUUGUAGCUUGUGUUCGAGAUGCUGCACAAGCCCAGAGCCAAUCUAUACGAUUUUUCUAUCGAAUCAUAUUUAUGUAAUAUAAUUUUGUACAUUGUGAUUAAUUACCCCCCCGAUCAUUUGCAAACCUAAUUUGAUUCGUCGUCGUCCUGUGGCUCCUCAUGUUCCAUUCUUCAAAACAGGGUUCCACAUCAUUUACCACAUGUCACACGACAGUUCAGAAGUCAGACACACGAGGAUAAAUUGAUCAUGCUGGUAUGGAAGAAGCACAAUUGUUUAUUUUAAAUAAAUAGCUGUUUUGAUUUUUCUCUUUUUUAAACAAUGAAACUAGCCACAUAUCUCUCUCUCUCUGCCUCCCACUUCCCGUAUCUGCUGUCACUUAAGUGUUAUAAUAUUUCUAUGUGCAUAUUUCAUGCAGGUUCACUAUGUUGUUACUGUAUACAGUCUGUGUAGUAAAACAGGGGCAGAGCCUCUAUAAUGGUGUUCUCUCUUUUUUUUUCUUUUUUUUAAUUCAAUACAAAAAGGUUGAGAAAAAUAAAAAAUAAACAUGAUGUUUCAGGCAGCAAAGUGUGGAGAAACCAAAGCCAGUGGCAUUUCUGUGUUGUAAACUCAACUUUUAUUUUCACAUUCAUUUAUGGUUUUUGCAAGCAUUGAAACAAGACAAUAAAAGAAUUUGCUCAAAUGUACAAUUGGUUUCACAUUUCAAUUGCAGUCAGUCAAAUGUAGCUGUAGAUGCCAAUAACCACAGUAAUUCACCUGUUGCUCAUUUGUCCCCCCUGUGCAUUGAAAUACCCUUUUUUGUAUUUACAAUUUGUUAUCCGCUCAGAAUCAGGCAUGCUUGCUGUCCACUUGAUCAAAACACACCACACACACUAAUUCUCAUGCUACUUGCUCACUGAUUGAAAUAAUGCCAACAUGUCCUGAUGGUUGAUUCGAGUGCUGUAGUUUUUUGACAAUAAUUUGAACCAAAGACACGGAGAAAACUUUGUCUUUAUAUCUUUGUUUUUGUUUCUUUUUCUUCUUCUUGUGUUUGUUCAAUUUGAAAGGCGUUCUUUUUCAUCACCUGUUGAUCAGUUGUUCUUUUGUCAUUAUUAUAAUAGACUAAAUGUUGGUACCUCAAAAUUGACCCAAGCAGUACCUCAGCUGAUGUGUUGAUAAGUCACUUGCAGUGAAAAAGGGGAGACCAUACACCUGUACAGCCAUGUGUAAUAACCAUGUAAUACCAUUGCUUAAGGUCCCUGCAUUCACAUGGGGGAUUCUUUGUUGCUCCACCGUGUUUGUGGUUUAUUUAAGUUGUAUUCAAAAGCUGAAAAAAAAGGAUUUUUAAAAAAAAGAGUAAUAUGUUAAAAUGCUUAAAAAGUCAGUCUGUAGUAUCAAAUGUAGCUUGUAUAAACCUGAGAAAUGGGGGAGGUUUGGAACUAAUGUUUUCUGGAACGCAAGAGCGGCUUUCAGCGGCAUAAGCUGGCCUUUGUCGCCACUUGAGACUAAGAUGGUAUUAAAUUAAAUCCACAUCUCUGUAACUCAAGGGACUUGAUUCAGCUGUAUGUAGUGAAAACGUAUGGGGAUGAAAUAAAAAAAGUCUCCUCUGCUGGAGGGAAAGGCUAUUUGUAUUUUGCAGAGAUUUCAGUAAAGUUACUGGCUUUCUUAGUUAUCCUGAUGUGACUUGGUGUGAUUUCAUUGUGUUUGACUUGUUUCUGCAUGCAUCUCCAAAUGCUGGCUAUACUUUCAUACUGUGCAGAGCUUAAAAAAAAAUCAUCAUGAAGUCAGUGCAUGGUGCCAUACAGCAGCUUCACUUUAAAACAACACAUUGUAUAUAGGACAUUGAAAUAAUGACAAUAGCAUCAUCAUUUUACAUUUACAUUUUUUAAAAAUGUGGCAGUCUGACAGAAGUAUUCAUGACAUUUAUUUGACAUUCAAAGCCAAGGUUUAUCCCACUUAACAUCACAGUGGUAUCAUCGUUCUCAGUGAUACACUACACACUACAUAGGGACCUUACAUUCACAGGGAAAAACACAUAUUCAUAAACAAUGCAAACACAGUGAUCUGCUCCUACAAAUAAGAGAUGUAGAAAAAAAAUCCCUAACACACACACACACACGCACAUAUAAUGGUCCAGGCCUACUCCAGGACUAUCUUACACUCCUGAAUAAAAAAGAAGGCGAAAAGAAAAAAAUAGAAAAGGAAGGAAUUCAGUUAAAUCAAUGAUUUCCUUUUCUUUUUAUGUGUUACAUGUGGGAAUGUCUGACGCACAGUGGAGCUGCGUGUUUAAUAAUAAUGGCAGUGGAUGAGGCGUUUCUGGUUUCUGGAAAUACAGUAAUCCGAAUCAAGAGUUGCACGUCUUUUAAGAGAUGUUGGUGUGAUUGUACACGCAAAUACUGAUUUUAAAUAUUAGACACAUUUGAGUCCAGCUGACGCGGAUUUCUGUUCUUUGCGUUUCCAUCUCCAACAUGCCUCGCGUUUUGCUCAUUUUGCUCAUUUCUAUUUCUCUAAAAGUAAUCAAGUGUUUCUUUUCCUUUAUUUCUUUUAGUGGAUAAAAACAUUAACAAGCAAGUUAGACAAACUCUGUUUUAUAUGGAGACUUCCAGUGUGUUUGAAAUUCCAGAGCGAGCUUUGCGAACCCUUUCUGUUUUUUUCAAAGUGUCCCUGUUGCAACUUAAUUUAAUAUUUAUAAUUUUAAGGGGAAUUCGUUUUAUUUUAUUUUUCGUUAGAGACUCGGACUGACACACUCUUUUAAAAGCCCAGGGUCACUCAGGUCAUAGAAGGUGCGAUCGAAACCAAAUCUUUCUUGUCAGCCAGAGUCCUCCAGAAGUCAAGCAGAGCCUCUAAAUAUUCGUCCAUCUUUUCGUGAAUCAAAUCAUGUCAGGUCCGGAAUACAAAUAUAGAAACAAAGAAAGACUUGUGUACUCUCUAAUUAAGUCAGGCCCAUCAAUUAGAUGAAAUAACCUGAAAAGAAAAGUGUGUUAUGAUGCGUUUACUGAAAGUAGGCUACCUGUGAGGCCUACUUGUAGGAUGAAGACACACGUUUCAUCAUCAAUGAUUCGUUUCAGAUUUUAAUUGUAAAAGCACCACCAUGUGGGAAUGUAACUCUUUCGAUAUAUUCCAAUUAACCCUUUUCUUUAUUUUGUGUAUUUGCGCCUUUUUGUGUAUUAAACUAUUAAUUUGGGUGUUAAAUUUCCCAUGUGAAAUAAGGUAAAUGGCCAUAUAUAUUUAGCAUCCAAUGGAUUCAUCCUAAAUAAGUCUUAUGUUUUUUAAACACGCAAAACUGGAAAACGUGUUAUAAGGCUGUGUAAUAAUGUUGCCUCAAAGAAGCAGAUUAAAAUUUGGAUUUUUUUUUUUUUUUAAAUCUCACAAGUAAUGUAACUACAAACACAAAACACAAACACGUACCUUUAUCAUUACACGUGCGCACAAAAUCGAAAAUUAUGAAAUCAUAAUUGUGUUGAAAUCCUGUCUACAGAAGGCUGCAGUGUAGAAAUGAUUCUCUUUAAAACGCCCCAUAACACUGUGAUUUACGGUACUCAGUAGUUAAUAUGACAUUACUGUAACGGUAUAUUUUAUUUGCUGUAUUACUGCAAUAUUCCGACAGGGAUCUGUGUGCCUCUGCUGCUAAGCAGUGAGUUUUAUAGCUUUACAGUUUAUAGUAUAUAUAUUUUUUAAAUCUCUACAGUAUUCCUGUAGCUUAUGAGUUCCUCAAAACUGUCCUGUGGGUUGCUGUAAUGCGUUUGCGCAGUUUUUAAUUAGGCCGCACUCCAUGAAGUCCCUCCACUGCUUCACAGCAUUAAGCUUUUAGUGAACUCGAAGGGUUAAUUCCAGUAGCCUGUGGUGAGGGGAGGCUGAUAAAGUCACCGGAGGCGCAAUAUAAUUUAUUAUCUGUCAGAAAUAAUCGAUUGUGACAACAGUUCUCACAGUUUCUCAAAAGGUCAGACUGAUGCAGAACACGUCAUCGUUUCAGCUGGCAAACAGGUUGCUUCAAUCUGAUCCCACUCAUCGUGUUAAACGCUACAGAUGCAAUAAAAAAACGAAUAAAAAACAAGAGUAUGGCUAGAAAAUAUGAAAGAAAAAGCAAAGUCUCGAUCUAAAUAAGAAUUAAAAACAAGACAACAUAUUUAAAUUAACUGAUAGCCUGGAAAAUAAAAUAAAAAAAUAAGUAGAUUUAAAUAAUGUUUUAUCAGUGCAGAAACAUAGUGGCCAUGCAUUAAAAAUGUCCCAAUUCAGGCUACACGUGCCGCAUUUUGCAGGAUCUGUAACGUCAGUCAGGUGUAGCAUCUUAUCUAACUUCACUGACGUAAUUUGGGCUCUAACAAAAACACAAACUGUAUUUUAUGAUCGUGCACGUGCAUGCACUGUGUAUGAAAUUUCAAUUUGGGUGGGGUGGCGGGCCAGCAGCAGGUGUACAUGCACUUUAGUGACCGUGCAGGCUGGCCACAGCUUCCUCAUUAACAUUCUCCAGAAUCGCCACUAGAUGUCACCAUUUAGUCGUGUAGUCGAAUCCCCCUCAACCUUCACCCUCCUCAUCCUCAUCUUCAGUCUCCGAAGCUAUUCAUGUAGAUCGACCAGACAUAAAAAGCCUGUGUACUCUCCACUAAGUGCAGCACGAGCAGUUUUUCUGCGAGUGCCAAUAUGAGAUAUGAAUAUUACUCCCUCAUCAGUUAAACACACAGUUGUUUAAGAUCCACAUUUUAAAAAGAAGGAUACGAUGAAAUGAAAGGUAAAAACAACAGGGAGGUAAUAAUGAGAAUAAUAAUAAUAAUGAUAAUUAAUAAUAAUAAUAAUAAUAAAAAUAUUUUACAUAUAGCCUUAUCCAUGCACUUCUGUUUGUCCCCUUUUACCAAAAGGCGGGAAAAGUUUUCAUCAGUGCACUGUGCACGAGGCUCCUCACACCUUUUAACAACUACAGGUACGCUUCAAAAAAUAUCAUGGCUGCUUCUUUAACUUGGAGGUGUUUCAUUACACUAGUUUUAAAAUAAUGUCUCCUGUGGCAGACAAGGCUCGCCUGUUACAUCUGCAUCGUUACAUGAUGUCUGGCCUCAAAGUGGAGGGACAGAAAAUAUUUUAUUAUGUGUCUUUUUGUCUCAGUGGUGAGUGUCGAUGGACGGAGGAUUACGGCCUAUAAGUAUUUUGCUAUCCUUGUUUUAUAUAAAAUAUUUGCCAAAUUGUGGCUCACAUUGCGUCUCCAUAUGAGCUCGUUUUAAUAUAGAAAUGCAAAUAGGCUAUGAAUAAGACAUAAAUGAUGUCCUAUUUUGUUUGUCCCCAUUUUCAACCAAAUCAACUCAUCUGUUUGGAGUCUGUAAGUUUUGCUGGGACUCGAACACGCGGCCUGGUGGCUGUGUAUUCACAAAACGCCGUUAGAUUAAACGCCACCAAGUCAUUUCUAAUUAGCACGCACAGAAAGAAUACAGUGUCCAUAAAUUGCGUUCCUCCUUUACAUGAUUCAAAUGAGGAUCACUGAAGAGCGCAAACUCUUUCCUCUCCUCUCUAACUCCCAUUACACACUUUGGACUUGUGCAGCCUAUGCUCAGGAGAGGUAUUUAAAAAAUAAAGGACCUCACGUAAAUCAUCCUGCUGAAGCUGAAGGUCCUGGAAUUGACUAUUUUUAAUAAGAAGAUGACACUAACUUAUUGAAAGAAUAACAGGUUGCAUUAGCUGAAUAAAUCGUCUCCAAACAACCAACUUUCUCGAUUCCUUUCUAUAAGAAAAAAAUCUUGCAUUGCUCUAUCGUUAAAAAUAAACUAUUAUUAUAGCUUGAUUUUGUGAAAUACCACGCACCCUUAAUGCCUCACGACCUUCUCAUUUUUUUAAGGUAAACGAAGGUGUGUGUACCCUUUCUAUUUUAGGUAUUGGUGAUGGAAACGUGGGCUAUUUAAACUCCAAUAUUCUAAAUGUUCUCCACAAAUACAGAGCAAAUAUGACUUCUUCUUAUAGAGUGAGGAGCCCAGCCUAGGUGGGGUACCGGACUCCUGUGGCUUUGAAUAUAUUUAAGUGAACCAGCCUGACCACUGGUGUUGAGCCACGAGCAGUUUACAUGAGGUUCAAUGACGAGGGGAGUAGCCUAUGGGGACUGCAUCUGCUUUGGGGCUGAUACCAGAAAGUUUGCCCUCCUGGAAAACGUCCCACAAACUCGAUGUUAAACGUGGCACGUAACCAGACACCGCGUAACAGCAGCAGCGCCUCUGGAUUGUGUUAAUUGGAGUCAUGGAGAAAUGGAGCUGUGGAGAACUGCAGACAGCAGGAAGUAGAGGUCAACACGAGAUCUCUGGGAUUUUGCUCGCCACUGGACCCACUUGGGGUUGGAUGGAGACCUCGUAGAUCAUGACCCAGAAACAAAUGGCAUAAUGACUGGAGUCUCCAGGCUAAGACGUCAAGGAUAUUCAGCUGAUCUCAGAGGUAACUGAGUCCUGCUGGUCGACUAGAGAGGAGCCCAGAUUUCAAGACAGGAGCUUCAGGAUGUCUACUCAUAAAUCUCACAAGCUCUAGUAGCUUCACAUUACUCUCUACGACACUUGGACCUGCACUGAACUCUUUAUUUCUGUAUGUCUGUCAACUGAUUAUAUAAGAUUUUUGACCAAACUGACAAAUACUGUGACCUUGCACUGAUAUAAGAAUUUAUAUGUAUUUUUAUUUUGAUAUGGGACAAUACUUAACAAGAAAAUGGGAUGAAAAUAUUCCUCACAUUCAGACUAUUUCAUGUAAUUGAUUGAGUCUAACAAGUAUAUUUUUUGACAGCUAAAUAAAUGCAUUUUUUUCCCUUUAA